UCACUGCAGAAGAUAUGGACCCAUGGGUUCCACGCCGCAGAAGAUUGAACCGGGAGAUAUUUCUGUUUGAGACAGUAUUUGGGCUUUCAGAUCGGCCUUUACCGAUCCCAAAUCUUGGCCACUCCAGCUCCUGUAUCAUCUAUGGAAUCCCCCGCAGUUCUCACACUUUCUCAGCUCCCUUAUUUUUCCCCGCAGAAAUCCAACAGAAAGAGAGCUUCUCCUUCAUGGCCAUGCCAGCCAAGGAGCUCUCAACCCACUCGCUUGCACUGCCAAAAGAUGUACGUCCCUGGAUUUGGAGAAGCAUCACCAGAAGCCAAGGCAGCCAACAACCUCCACAAUUUCUUCACUUACAUUGCAGUAAGGAUUGUCACAGCACAGCUUCAGAGUUAUAACCCUGAGGCAUAUGAGGAAUUGAUGGAAUUCAUGAAUAGACACUCGUUGAAUGAUGGGGACAAGUUCUGUGCCAAUUUGAUGCGAGAAUCUUCAAGGCAUAAAGUUCUAGCUCUUCGUAUCUUAGAGGUUCGAUCUGCUUAUUGCAAAAAUGAUUUUGAAUGGGACAACUUGAAGCGACUAGCUGUUAAGAUGGUCAAUGAAUCUAACACGAGAAUCAUGAGGGAUUAUGUCUCAGAAACCAGUCCUGCAGAGAGCGAGAAGUAAUCGAUCACUGCAACGAUCUGCUUCUCCAUGUGUGAGCUUGAAGUUCUAGUCAAGCAAUGUAAUAUAAAUGUAAUAUAUGUAAUGAUUUAGCUUUUAGAAGCGAAUUGUCCAAUGAAAGAAAUCUUAAAAUCCAAUACAAUCAAGAGAUAUGUUUGAAAUAAAAUGAACUAUAUGGCCUAAAGGCCCUAAACAAUCUACAGGAUAUGCUAUAGACAUUUCUUUACA